CCCUUCUCCCAAACCCUUUGGCCCUUUCACCCCAAACCCCUGCUGAGAGGCAAGGGGACUGGAGACAUGGAGUCGUGGUGGAGGGAGAAUCACGUUUCCGAGAGGGAAGUGAAAUAAAGAGGGCGGCACCCGGGGGGACCUGUGCGUCAUUGAGGGACCGAGCAGAAACGCGGGCGCUUUCCACGGGGGUGGAAAAGGAGAAGUGGGAGCAAGAAGCCAGAGAGGGCAGCCGCGGAGCGCGGUGGGGGCGCCGCGAAGCGUCCCAGCCUCCAGUCUUCUCCCGCCGCGCUCCUGCCAGCCGCGCUCAGGAUCCCGCAGGCGGGGCGUCCGCUGCACACAGAAUGUGGCCUCGGACACGGCCCCGGCCCCGCGCGUUCUGGCGUUGGGCGCUGGCCCUGCUGGCCCUGGGAGGCGCGGGGCUGUGCCAAGCCGGCCCGCAGCCCAGGCACCCCGCGCGGCCCAGUGCCAGGAACAAGAACUGGUGCGCCUACAUCGUGAACAAGAAUGUGAGCUGCUCUGUGCAGGAGGGAAGUGAGAGUUUUAUUCAGGCUCAGUACAACUGUGCCUGGAACCAGAUGCCCUGCCCGUCCGCGCUCGUGUAUCGCGUGAAUGUCAGACCCAGAUAUGUCACCAAGUACAAGAUGGUGACCCAGUUGGAAUGGAGGUGCUGCCCUGGCUUUAGAGGAGCAGACUGCCAAGAGGGUCCCAGAGACCCUGCGAAGACUCCGCGUCCCACACCUGCUCGGCCUCGAAACAGCUUGAAGAAACCCACGGACAAUGAACCAAGCCAAAUCUCAGAGCCCAAGAAGACACUGUCACCAACUCAUGCCACGGAACCAAGUCGGACAGUAGAUCCAAAACAGGGGCCCCAAGAACUUCAGGAUAAGAAAAUCCAGGUGCUUGAGGAGAAGGUUCUCCGACUCACAAGGACGGUUCUUGAUCUCCAGUCUUCCAUUGCUGGUGUGAAUGAAAACCUCAAACAUACCAUUCAGGAUGAUGCCAGCAAAAUGCUGGCAUCAUGGCUCAGUAACCUGCAUCCCCAGCCAGUGCCUGACAGUGCUGUUGGUAGAGACACGGAAACAGUCCAGCCUCCUGGUGUCCUCAACAAGAAAGAAUCUGGCAUGAAGGACAUCAAAUCUGAAUUGGCUGAAGUCAAGGAUGUUCUGAAGACCAAGAGUGACAAGCUGGAGGAGCUGGAUGGGAAAGUAAAGGGUUAUGAAGGGCAGCUCAAACAGCUCCAGGAGGCUGCCCAGGGCCCUACGGUCACCAUGACAACGAAUGAACUUUACCAAGCCUAUGUUGACAGUAAGAUUGAUGCCCUGAGAGAGGAGCUCAUGGAGGGAAUGGACAGAAAGCUGGCUGACCUGAAGAACUCGUGUGAGUACAAGCUGAUUGGCGUCCAACAGCCGUGUGAUGACUAUGGGAGCAGCUACCUGGGAGUGAUCGAGCUUAUAGGAGAGAAGGAAGCAAACCUGAAAAAAGAAAUAAAUGACCUCCGAGCCCAGCUACAAGAUCCUUCAGGCCCAUCAAAUUGCUGUGAUGGUAAAAAGACUGGUGACUUUGGGCAACAGAUCAAGGUAUUAGACCAGAAAAUUGAAAGAGUUGCUGAAGCCACUAGAAUACUAAAUGGGCGACUGGACAAUGAGUUUGACCGACCCAUCAUUCCAGAGCCAGACAUGGACUUUGAUGCAAGAUGGAAUGAACUGGAUGCAAGGAUCAAUGUGACAGAGAAGAAUGCAGAAGAACAUUGCUUUUACAUUGAAGAAACCCUUCGGGGGACCAUUAAUGGAGAGGUAGAUGACUUGAAGCAACUGCUUGAUGAGAAAAUACGGUCUCUGGAAGAACGUCUGGGGAGCAUCCUCCAAGAGAUGACCAACAACACUGAUGCAGAACUCAUUCCCCCAGCAUCAGUCCUACCAGGUGUGUCAGAGGCUGGGCAUGAACAGGUCAUGGUGGAAUUAAACCACCUGAAGAAUAAAGUUCAAGAUGUUGAGGAUAUUUGCCUGCAGAUCCAGGGAGAGCAUAAUGGUAUAAAAGACACUUUACCAAAUGGAGAAGACCACACAGUGAGUGAUAGUUUGAGCCUUUUGAAAUCUCUAAAUGAGACGAUGCAUAGGAAAUUUCAAGAAACGGAACGUAGCAUCCAGAAACUUCAACAAGAUUUUAGUUUUCUUUAUUCUCAAUUAAACCACACGGAAGAUGAUAUGAAUCAUCUUCAGAAUGAGCUGAGCAAGUGUAGAGAAGGUACAAAAGCUGGAGUGGGUGGGUUUUCUAAGGCGGGUGAACAAGAAAGGAUGGUGGAGCCAUCUCCCCGGGACACCAUCGCUCCUUGUUGCGUUCAACUGGAGGAGAGGCUGCAGAGGCUGCAGAGCCAGGUUCUCUCUGAGCUAGACACUUGUAAGGAAAAUACGCAUGGGGUCCAGAGGGAGGUCUCUGUGGUUGAGGACAGGGUGUCUCAGAUGGAGAAAACUUGCAGCAAACUGGACUCCAUCUCAGGAAGUCUUCAGAGGAUCAAGGAAGGGCUCAACAAGCAUGUCAGCAGCCUGUGGAGUUGUGUCAGGCAGAUGAACGGGACUCUCUGGUCACAUACCAGGGACAUUUCUGGCCUGAAGUAUUCUGUCCAGCAGUUCUAUAGCCAUGUUUUCCAGAUUUCUACUGACUUGCAAGAUCUGAUCAAAUUCCAGCCAUCAGCAACAGAGGAGCCCUCAGAAGCGCCCCCACCUCCACCCCGAAAGAAGGCCCCACAAGCUCCCGAGAAGCCCCCACAGCUGACAGAGGUCCCCACGGAGCCAUCUCUUCCGGAGCUGACCCCUCCGCCACUGCCAAGGCCCAGUGCUCCCCCACCUCCUGAGGACCAUGGACAACAGCUGCACACGGGCCAGCAGCCUGUUCUGCCCAAGAGACCCCAACAGCCACUGCCCCCGCCAGUGAGGCCCGGCUGGACAGGGCUGCCUGGCUCCACUGGGGACUUUAUGGAGACUGGCGAGGCUGGGCCUCCAGGGAGGAUGGGCGUGUCAGGGAGGGGCCUGCCCCACGGGGUGGAUGGCCAGUCUGGGCAGGUGCCCGUCCCCAGGACAGAAGGCUUCGCGGGAGCACCAGGAUACCCCAAGUCACCUCCAAUAGCCGCCCCAGGGGUUCCAGUGCCUUCUCUGGUGUCUUUCUCUGCGGGGCUCACCCAGAAGCCUUUCCCCAGUGAUGGGGGUGUUGUCCUCUUUAACAAAGUGCUGGUCAAUGAUGGGGACGUGUAUGACCCCAGCACCGGGAUCUUCACAGCUCCAUACGAUGGGCGCUACCUGAUCACGGCCACCCUUACUCCUGAGAGGGACGCGUAUGUGGAGGCUGUCCUGUCGGUGUCCAACGCCAGUGUGGCCCAGCUGCACACAGCUGGCUACAGAAGAGAAUUCCUGGAGUAUCACCGGCCCCCUGGGGCCUUGCACACUUGCGGGGGCCCAGGAGCAUUCCACCUCAUCGUGCACUUGAAGGCAGGGGAUGGCGUCAACAUCGUGGUGACUGGGGGCAGGCUGGCUCACACAGACUUUGAUGAAAUGUACUCCACAUUUAGUGGGGUUUUCUUAUACCCUUUCCUUUCCCACCUCUAGGGCAGUGGGAAAAGGAAAGGGGAGAGUUGUAAGAACUGGAAAGCUUUAAUAUAUUCACUUUAUCUAUGUAACUGGAGCACUGGUCUAGUUUUCUGUCGACAUCCCACCACCUCUCUCUGGCUUUGGAGGCCACAAGACCUUAGAGAUCCCAGCAGGCAGCAAGGAGUGAAAACACGCGGCCACCGACGUCCGUCUCUCCCACAGGCCCACUGAAGAGUUGGAUACACCCCUGCCUAUAAGCCAGUUUCUCUCCUGCAUUUCUCAAUCCCCAUCUCUGCCUUUGCCCCAAGGGGCCUGAGCUCAGCCCCCAAGGUGCUGCCUUGUAGGCCUAGGCCAUAGGAUCACGUCCCGCCGACUGAGAAGGGGAGAGCUGCUGGCUGCUGGCCAAAACUGGUACCUGUGGCUACAGUCUUUACCAGGGAGCAAGUCGACACCAUGUCUUUGUGUUUAUUUAUACUGCAUGCCGGAGAGAAGUUUAAACACUGAAGUGGCACGUGCCACCACACAGAGACCUGGAGGUUACGGUCUGGGCUGUCCCAGGUUUGCCUCACCACUGCUCACCUGGGCCUCUGUGCAGCCUCGAAGAGAUCCGAGAGACUGUUUGUACUGUUUGUGUAGCUUGUUGGGCUCCUUGAAUGACAUGUACAAUUUAAGUGCAAAGACAGGGAGUGUCAAUAAAGAUGUAAAACCACUAAAACACUUCCAAGUUACUUAAAUCUGGUUCCUAAUGGAUUGAGAGUUGUUGCUAAAAAGCGAACUAUAGAAGGGUAAUUGCCUUUUUUGGAUGCCUAUAGAAAGUAAGCUUGAAUAAAUUCACCCCCACCAUUUAACUUA